AUGGCGAAGCGAGAUGCGGUUACUGCCUUUGAUGGCACUGGAAACGAAACACCCCAUUCUAGCAAGCGACAGAGACAAAAGCACACCCGUGAAUCUACGAACCAAAGUGAUCUCUUGUCGGCAAAGGCAAAGGCACACUCUGCCUCAGCAGUGGCAGAGACACCAAAGAAGUCAGACAAGUCCAAUGGGCCCAGUACUGCUGCGAGCAUGGGUAUGUACGAGGUCACGCCACAGCUUUCACGGGCAGAGAACGAAAAAUCACAAUCGUCCCCAUCCAAAUCAAGAUCAGCUGUCGAAGUACGACCUCAAGAGAAGGAAAACAAGAUAAAUUCGAUCGUUUCUGAAGAAACAAAGAAGAAUACCUCGAAGGCAUUGGUAACUAAAAGCAAGGACUCCAAAAUCGGCAGUGUGGCAGGCUCGAAAUUUCAAAAAGCACAACCUGAUAAUACGUCGAAAUGGCCCCUCUCCCAAGGCUCAGGAGGAAUAUUCAUUGAUCAAGAUCCGAUCUUCACCGAAGACAAGCAACAUCUGAUUCUAGCCACUCAUACUGACGUGCGAGUUUACUCCCUGAAAACGUCACUUCUAGUCAGAACUUUUCAAGUCGGGAAUAAAUCUGAAAUCACAAGUUGCGCUUUGUCAAUGAUUGAUCCAAAAAAAUUAUACAUCUCAACUGUGAAGGGACUCCUGUCGGUCUGUGAUUGGACCAACGGUACUUCCAUAGCCAAGCACGAAACUGGAAGAGCAGCACGGAAAAUCCUACCGAUCAAUUCCCAUGAGGGACAAGAGACGAUACUGGCUGUGCAUCAGAAUGACCAGAAAUCGGUGUCUGUCGUGGCUUAUGCCCUGGAUACUACCAGCGCCAUCCUGAGUCAGCUUCAACCUAUUCUCAAGAAGAACUUUCCAAAAUUACCAGUGUUACAGGCACAUGCCCGGGGAAGCAUUCUUGUGGCUUGUGCUUUCGACAAGAUCCUUGUUGGUCAGUCACAGAUUUCCGAGAUUGGAACUUUGGACCUGAACUAUACGUGGAGAGAGAUUGUCGUUCCGGGUACAAUUACGAGCCUUGAUUCGCAAAUCAAUGUGGGAAAGUCCAAAAGUUCUCGGAAGAUGCCGUUCCUGGACAUCGCAGUCGGGUUGGACACCGGCGCUAUCAUUCAUUACGAAGAUCUCCUCUUCCGGCUGAUUGGGAAGGAGAAGAAGAAUUCAAACGAGGACAUAGUUGGUCGCCGACUACAUUGGCACAGGUCGAGCGUCAAUACGUUGAAAUGGUCUCGAGAUCGUAACUAUUUGAUCUCUGGCGGCAAUGAGACCGUGCUUGUCAUCUGGCAACUUGAUACCAACCAACAGCAAUUCUUGCCUCAUCUGUCCACCGCCAUCGUGAACCUCUCAAUUUCAGCUGCCGGUUCAUCCUAUGCAUUGCGCAUGGCUGAUAAUUCGGUGAUGGUGUUGUCUACUGCUGAUCUUCUCCCUUCGACGAACAUCUCCGGACUGGCCGUGGGCAAUACGCCGAGCCAAUCGUCUACAACUGUUUUACAUCCUACCGUGGAUACCCUUUUGCUUGCUGCUAUACCGGCAACACCCUUCACCAAAGGUAAUCAGCGAGAAAAGAAGUCGACACUUCUACAAUCGUAUGACCUUGAAUCAGACACUCAAACAAGCCGUCAAGCCCUGACCAGAAAUGUGACGACUGCGGUGAACAUGGCGCCUUCAGGACAGCCCGUCCAAGAACCAAACGUCACCAACAUCGCCGUAUCUUUUGAUGGCAAGUGGUUGGCGACUGUUGAGGAGUGGCAGCCAAACGAGCAAGACGUGGCUCCCAUGUGGAUCGAUGCCGAUUCUCCAGCUCGUCGUGGAGCGGCUACCGAGACAAGUCUGAGAUUGUGGAUUAUGAACAAUGAUGACAACAAUUGGGAAAUGGUGACCAGGAUCGAUGAGCCACAUAAACCUGGCCCUCGAUCUGUUCUUGGAAUCGCCAUGAACCCUGCCAGACUCGAGUUGGCAACAAUUGGCACUGACGCAUCGAUCUCAAUCUGGUCACCUAAGGCUCGACAACGAGAUGAUGUCUCUGUUAGAGACAGGAAAAACAAACAAUUGUAUACCUGGACAUGCACGAUGACGAUUCCGUGCGAACAAGAUGCCUUGGGUAAAGUCGCGACUGCUGUCGCCACCUCUGCCACUUUGGCUUACUCGGACGACGGUUCCGUUCUUGCGGCCUCAUGGUCCUGGCCAUCGACGUUAACACGAUUUGUCCACUUGAUUGAUCCUCGGACCGGUAGACUGUGUGCAUCGCAACCUGGUCUUUUGCAACAAGGCGAUGCCAGACUCGCGUUCUGUGGGCGUUACCUCGUUUGUUUAUCACAGAUGCUUGUGAUCCAUGAUACGCUGACCAGUCAAAAUACCACCACUAUCGAGCUGGACCAGAAUUAUCUUGGUCCGGAAUACUCGAGUUCUAGUUACCUCGCCGUCAACAAACUUGACCAAAAAGUCGCAGUCAGUUUGACAAAGACUUCAGCACCGAAAUCUACGAAACUUGUCAUAUUCAGUAUCAUUGCAGGAGACAUCAAGCCUUUGUAUGAGAGUUCUCUAGCGGGUGGUUUAAAGAGUCUACUCGCCCUGACGACCCGUCCUGGUUUCUUGAUGAUCGACGACAGGAAUGUGUACAGAUCACUGAAGCCUUCGGGCACAAGCGCACUCUCUUCAGUUUUGGGUCAGGCGGCCGCAGCAUCUCAAGAGCCCGACCAAGUCACCAAGAGCCUGGAUAGCAUUUUUGGAACUGUUGGGUCUUUGGUGGAAAAUGAAAAGACAAUCAAGGACGGCGGUGAGGAUAAUACCACAUCGUCCAGCAGGGAUCUCAAUGGUGCAUUGAGAAUUGUCUCAUCUGCUCAGGCGCCGAGUCCUGCAGAAUUGUUCCAGAGAGUUUUGACUGUGUUGGCGCAGAGCUGAUGGUGGUGGUGAUAUUGCGUAUUGGUGGGGUAAUUCAUUAGUGAUGUAUUUUCCCGUCGAGAUAUGUAUGAAUCAGAUUGAUAUUUUGGUGUGAUGGUAUAUAGCCCCAGGAAGUUGGGCGUCUG